GCAAUGGAUCUUUAUCUCCCUUCUAUAUAAGCCACCUGGUCUAGAGAGCCCCUCCAUUCUCCGUUGAAAUGAUUUUCAGAUCAUCACCAGCCCUGAUCCCAGGACUAUGUCUGAUCCUCCACUUGAUCCACAACACCCAUGGAGCGCGCCGCUGGGACUACGAGCCCGUCUCCGUCCAGACCUUCUCCAGUGACGAAAGCCUCUUGAAAAUCACGGCCAAGAUCGAUCGGGUCAGUCGAGGCGAGUUUGCAGUCUCGGCCACGGUGGACUUUAAGUACGAGCCGGAUGACACCACCAUGGUGGAGGCCAUCGCCCAGAGAAGUGCCUCUGGCGACGAGAGCGACUACAAGAUGCUGCCCUUCAACAUCCCCAAGCAGCCCUACACCGACUUCAUGAACUCCCACUACAAGGACGUGGUGAUCCCGAACCUGGGCGACUGUUCCAACCUCGUCAAGUUCGAGGACAAGUUCGAGCCCCCCUGGCCCCAGCAGGUCUACGUCCUGGACAAGUGCGUGGCCAACAGCGACGGCUUCCCGGAGGUGGUGCCCGAGGGCUUCUACCGGAUCAUCAUGAACUUUACGAGUCCCGUGGACUGGGGCUUCAUCAUCGUGGUGAAGAUUUCCAACAAGUUGUUGUGAUUAACUGUCUUAGGACAUGUAUUAUCUUUUAGUAUAAAGCUGUAGAUACUUUGGUAGAAAAAUGGGUAAUAAAGGUGGUUGGAAAAGUAUA